AUGCGAUUGAAUGACACGGAUCUGGAUAUCCGUACUCAGAAGAUACCUGUUUUAACUUACAAUGACAGCCUGGACAAUAGUAUUGAAGAUUCAACGAUAGAGUCAACCACUACUUCAAAGACAUCGAGAAGUACUAGAAAGCGAUACAGAAACAAAACUUUCAUCGAUUGGAUUUACGAAUAUGAAUUGGCUAAGCAUGUCAAAGAAACAGUUACUAAGAAUGGAUCACCAUUACUACAAAUGUAUAUUCCCAAGAGUAAAUGGGUGGUGUUAGGUAUUUCAAGUGUCACGAUGGGGGUAUUAGUUGUUCUUAUUGACUUUCUCUCACUAUGGCUACACGAUAAAAAAUACGGAUACUGCAGCGGACAUUUAGUCACCAUCAGGAGCAACUGUGAAGAGGGUCAGUGGAAGGGUUGGUCCCAAACAAUUUUCACAUUCAUGAAUUCUGAUACUGUUUUCCAUGGUAUUGGAAAUUUAGUCAUCUGCUUAGUGCUUAGUGGGAUCUUUGCAACCAUGGCUGUUCUGAUAACCACCAAAUACUCUUUUUCCGCGCACAGUGGAAUCGCAGAGUUGAAAAUCAUUUUGAAUGGGCUAAUUAUCAAUGGUUUUUUGAAUAUUGAAGUUGUUCUGAGUAAGAUUUUUGGAAUCAUCAUGGUUGUGGCAGCCGGUAUAUGGGCUGGAAAAGAUGGUCCUUUGGUUCACAUCUCAGCCGGAAUCUGCAAUUUUUUUCUAACAAAAAUUCCCAAUCUGCAUUCUCAGAAUCAAGCUCUGAAAAGAGAGUUGAUAGCCGCUACUACAGCAGCAGGAAUUGCGCUAGCAUUCAAUUCUCCCAUUGGAGGAAUUCUAUUCGUCUUCGAGCAGUUUUCAGGCUCCAUAGGCAUACAUUCAUUGAUGUGGCCCGGGUUUGUGAGUUCCACUAUUGCUGUGACAGUGAUGAAGGCAUUGCACCCUUUUGAUGACAUCAUAACAGGUAAUUUGUUUGUUGUCACUGAGGAUAAAAAUUGGCUGAAUGUUGAAUUAAUUCCUUUCAUAUUUCUCGGUUGUUUGGGUGGAUUUCUAGGUGUCUUAUUCAAUCAGUUAAACAUACGGCUCCAGAGAUUCAGAGUUGUAAAAUUCAUGGGCUCUAGGCAGGCUCAAUUAUUAGAUGUACUUGCUGUUUGUUUGAUAACCGUAUUGUUAUCCUACGGAAAUUCGUUCAGUGGGUUGACUUUAACUGAGAUGACGUCUGCUCUAUUCACCGAUUGCUCAAAAUCAAAAUAUGGAGUCCUUUGUGGUGCCUCUACUUUACAAUCUGAUAAUUUGGAGUUCCCAUGGAAACUGUGCUUAGUCCUUCUGUCUACAUUUUGUCAAGGAAUGCUACUCUCUGCGUAUACUGUAGGAGGAAACAUUCCGGGUGGGAUAUUAUUGCCAUCGUUAACAAUCGGAGCUCUAGUUGGGAGGUUAUUCGGAACAAUAUUGAAAUACUACCAGUUAAGAUAUCCUUCCCUGGACAUAUUCAUGAAUUGUAACUCGGAGGGUCAAUGUAUCUCUCCUGGUUCGUACGCAGUGAUCGGGGCAGCAUCAUUUCUCACCGGGGUCACUCGAAUGACAAUCACCGUCAUUGCCAUAAUGAUGGAGGUCACAGGAGCACUGACUUAUGUCCUACCUGUAAUGAUCGGAGUACUAUUCAGUAUUCUGACAAACUCGAUUCUAUCAGGAAAAUCGUCUUAUGAGCUUUGGCUGAAAUUGAAUGAUUACCCAUAUUUACGCCCUGGGAUUGAGGAGUUUGUGAACCCAGACCUGACAAGAAUUCCAUGUCAUAGACUCUUCAAGCCAACAAACCAGUUGUUUGUUAUAUGCAAAGACAAGUUCGUUACAGUAAAUGAUAUUUGCGAUAUUUUGGAAAGUGCAAAUGUGUCCGGUUUCCCAGUAUUGGAAAAGGAAGGGGGAAAAUUCAUAGGCUAUAUUUCCUCCUAUGAGUUGCAAUUGGAAUUAGACAAAUUGUUGGAUAUUGAAGGAGUGGAUCGGAGUACUGCAGUGACGUUAAAUCCUUCAUCAUCCGACUACUCUUUAGAGGGUAUUUUAGAAACCAAUUUGUUGAUAUUGCCUCCGGAGAUGGAUCUUCUCACUUGUUACGAUUUUUUUCAAAAAAUGUCCACCUCUAUUGCUAUAUUUUGUGAUUCAAAAAACCAGUUAGUGGGUAUCUUCUCAAGAGUGGAUAUUAUUGAGUUGGUUGAAAAAAGUGGAGUUGAGCUGGAGCGUCUAUGA